AUGUCGGCAAUUUUUAGCACAGUAGUUGAUCCCAGCAGUGUCAAUGUUGAAGAGAAGCUGUUCAAGACUCAGCUCCCAGAGGAAGUACGGCAACGAGGAGACGGCAACGAGGAGACGGCAACGAGGAGACGGCAACGAGGAGACGGCAACGAGGAGACGGCAACGAGGAGACGGCAACGAGGAGACGGCAACGAGGAGACGGCAACGAGGAGACGGCAACGAGGAGACGGCAACGAGGAGACGGCAACGAGGAGACGGCAACGAGGAGACGGCAACGAGGAGACGGCAACGAGGAGACGGCAACGAGGAGACGGCAACGAGGAGACGGCAACGAGGAGACGGCAACGAGGAGACGGCAACGAGGAGACGGCAACGAGGAGACGGCAACGAGGAGACGGCAACGAGGAGACGGCAACGAGGAGACGGCAACGAGGAGACGGCAACGAGGAGACGGCAACGAGGAGACGGCAACGAGGAGACGGCAACGAGGAGACGGCAACGAGGAGACGGCAACGAGGAGACGGCAACGAGGAGACGGCAACGAGGAGACGGCAACGAGGAGACGGCAACGAGGAGACGGCAACGAGGAGACGGCAACGAGGAGACGGCAACGAGGAGACGGCAACGAGGAGACGGCAACGAGGAGACGGCAACGAGGAGACGGCAACGAGGAGACGGCAACGAGGAGACGGCAACGAGGAGACGGCAACGAGGAGACGGCAACGAGGAGACGGCAACGAGGAGACGGCAACGAGGAGAUGGCAAGGGAAAGAGUAA